UUGCGUAGGCGAACCGUUGCCUUGGCAACUAUAAACAAAAUAACUGUAUGGCCACACCAUUAGAGCUCAUGUGUGUGGUUCUUUGUCAGUCUUACCUUCUUUACAGCCAUGCUUCAGUUUGACAGAAAGACACAGCACUCCACUGUACCCAGCAAAACAAAGAACUUUCUGGCUUUGAACAAAAGCCUAGUAAAGACAAAGUCAAAGUCUGAAGCAACUAAAAGGAAAGAUAAAGAGCCGUGCCUGUCAAAGGGAAAGCCACAGUCAAAUCCAAGCAGUGGUCAUGCUAGUAGGAAGGCAGGGCAGCAUCAGUCAUCAGAGGAGACAGUCACUAUCAGCAAAGACUAUCUAGAGCAGCUACUACGCCAGAACUAUUCUGCUCCUGUUCCUCCUACCUCUAAUGCACCUUCUCUUCCCAGCACUUCCAAAGCUAGCAAAGGCCCACUAGAACAGCAUGAUGCAGGGCCAUCUCCUCCAACACAUGUUAUUGUGGAUCACACUGAGGUACCAGGAUUAGAAUAUCAAGCAGCAGGCAAUAGAUCUAAAGGCACUCGAGCUCAUCCCAAUAAAACUACUACUACUACUAACAAUAAAAGGAGAAAUGAAGAGGUUCCUGUGGAGCCACAACCAACUAGUGACAUACCACAUGUAUCUCACGUAUCGCCACCUCACGGAGGUGAGAGCUAUCACCGAGGGACCAUGAACCGUCCUGUUCACCCAGCAAUGAAAAGCAGCAUUGAUUUCGGAGUAGGAGGAGGAGGAGGAGGAAGGGGAGUAGGGUGGCAGCAACGACCAACAAAUAAGGUUCCUUACAGCAAUGCUGGGCAUGAUGAUGGAGGGAAGAGGAGAAGGAGAGAAGAGGCUGUGGCUACAAUGCCUGUCAAUAGCAAGCUACAGCAAAACCUGACUGCUGCUAGCAGUCAAGUGCAGUCCAGCCCUAGGUCAUCUUUAGAUCUAUUCCUGUCGCAUAAAGAUGAAAAUAAAAUGAAAGACUUUUUAUAUCGAGAGGAAUUGCGUCUACAAAUUGAAGAGAAUAAGAGACUAAAGGAGGAAGAGAGAUAUAAAAGAGAAUUAGAGGAGAGAAGAGAAGCUGAGAGAGUAGAAAAGGAAAGACAGCAAUUGGCUUGGGAGUUUGAAAAAGAAAAAGAGAGGCAGAGACAAAAAGAGAUUGAGGCCACACAGAAACUAGCGUCACUCUAUGAACAAAGACAACUGGCCAAAGAGGCGGCAGAUAAAGAAAAAAUGAAACAACAGCAACUUCAUCGUCGUCAUAACGAAGAACAUGAAGGAAUAGCAGUAGCAUCGUAUCAGCAAGAGAACAGCAAUCAUCCACCAUCAUCACUGCUGUACUCAUCAACUGAUUUCGAUCUUAGGAGCCCCUCAAUGCUCCAAGCAACCUCUAAAGGACAGCAACAGCUAGGAGGAGGAGGAGGAGGAGGAGGAAUCAAUAAAUCACCAAGACACAAAGCAGUCCAGGGAAUAGAAGGAGGUGUAGGUAGGAGACAGACUCUUGCUGCAGUGCAAGGGACUGGAAGUCAGAUCUCACUCCAUUCUACAUCAUCAGAGGAACCAAGUGGUGCAGCAAGUAAUAGGCAUAAAGACAGAGCAGUCACAAAUAAUGCCAAUGCUAAUAAAAUGGCCUCUGGACUAGUCAGAGAGAGUCGGGUCCAAAGACGACAGGCUAUAAAGAAACAGAUGGAGAGUAAAAAAUCAGACAGCGAAUCGGAGGAGAAAAUGAGGAGACAGCGGCCGGGAGGAGUGAGGGCAGGAGGCCAGGGAGGAGGAGGGAGAGCAGUUGGAGGUAAACCCUCAUCAAACAGACCUAUCGCUAAUAGUAUUGCACGCUCCAAUAAACAAGUGCUCCAGCGCUCAUUGAAAGAGCACUCGCACAACAGGACAGUGAGAUUAAGAGAACCUAAUGCACCUGUAAUGCUUUACUCAUCACCUGACAUACAAGAGAGAUCCUAUCAUCAGCCACCACGCUCUCCUCCUGUACCUGCAGUUGCUAAGCGGCUGGCACAGGGCCAAACAGGAUUUGUUAAUGAUAUUCAUGACUUGCCAGGCCCUGAUGUGACUUUUAGUGUACUCCCUGUAGACCAGGAAGAAUUAGAGCCAACUAAUAAUGCACAUAAUGGAAUCCAGCCACAGAUUAUCAGCUCAGUGCAGGAACUACCAACCAUCACUGUUCCUAAGAGCAAUAGAGUCCUUCCUUCAAUCACUUCAAACUAUACUUCACAAGCAACAGGAGUCCCUCCUCAGAAUUCUGUAGUGAAUGCUGUUCUACCUUCAAUUGUAGGAUCCAGCAGUCAGACUGGAGCUCAGCCCAAUGUACUCCUUAAUAAUAACAAUCCAGUAUUGCCUUCCAUCCCUUCAUCUCAUAAUGGAGUUAUAGCUAGCAGUAAUACACUCCCUCAGACCUUUGGUACUCAAUUCACUGCAUUGCCUUCUAUCACUGGUGCAACCAGUAUUCCACAUGUAACUGUAUCAUCAUCAAUGAAUCAUCAUGAAGCUUCACCACAUAUAGCGAGGGCAGCCAGUUGUUCGCCAGACAUUGAUCAAACUAGUCUUAUGUCUUCCACUGGAAAGCAAGUCCUGCCACCAAUACUGGAGAUUAGAUCAAGAGAAGAGAAGUUGUUUGAGAGAGAUCAUGUUCAGUCGAAUAGUCAACAGCAAAUGCUGAAUUCAUUGUCAAAAUUAAAACAGAAUAUUGCAAGUCAUACUGCAAUCAUCACAAAUAGAGUGAGAGAUGUUCUCUAACUGAUACACAAAAUGAAUCAAUAGCUACAAUAAUGAUUAUAAUUAUGAUAAUAAUUCAAUUUUUAUCAUUAAUAAUAAUUUUCA